AUGGGCCGCUACGAUCUCGAAUACCCUAAAGAGGCUAUCAACACCAUCAAGCGUGAAAACGACCGCGCGGUGUAUGCCCUCAAGACAAUCCACGAAAUUGUCAACUCUUGCCAAAUUCUUCAUGUCUCGUUCAACACUCCUUCUCAACCUUUUCCCGUCAUCCUUCCCAUGAUCGGCCAGAUGGGCUCUUUCGAGCGCCCCAGCGCUGAUAUCGGCGACCCCCUGGAUCUUUACCUCCAUGGCUACGUCUCCAGCCGUAUCAUGAAUCUCGGCCGUGGUGCCGAAGAGGGCAUGCCGGUGUGCGUUGCUGCGUCUCACGUUGAUGGUCUCGUCCUUGCCUUGUCGUCAUUCUCGCACAGCUACAACUACCGUUCUACGGUCCUCUUUGGCCACGCUUCGCUUGUCAAUGACGAGGAGGAGAGGAUGUAUGCCAUGGAGCUCAUCACUAACAGCGUCGUACCUGAUCGCUGGCGACAUACUCGUCUGCCACCUACCAAGGCUGAACUUCAGAGCACUGGCAUCCUCAAGGUCCGCAUCGCCUCGGGCAGUGCGAAGAUCCGCACAGGCGGUGCCCACGACGAGAGGCACGACAUGGAGAACCAGGAUAUUCAAGACAAAGUCUGGACUGGCGUCGUGCCUGUUCACCAGACCAUGGGAACACCAGUUCCCAGCACAUACAACCGGAUCGACGUGCCGGGCUACAUGUCAGAGUUUAUCAAGGACUUCAACACCGACAACACGCAGUAUUCUCUCGAUGUGGCCAAGGACUAG